AUGGAACUAACCGAUAUUACUUUCGAACUGCGACUCUACGGGAACCUAACUACUUACCAAGGAAAACAAGGAUCUUUAACAGUCGAUGAAUGUGACCUGUAAGAAAACUGAAUCGCUUUUUCCGUUCUUCAACAUUGAAUCCAUUCUUUUCAGGACUCUAAACUCAUUCGUUUCAUCGGAAACUCUAAAAUUAUUACUAAUAUUCAAUUCUUGCUCUCAUCAAUCGAAUCUAACCUAUGACGCUGUAAUUUCUCUGGAAAAGACUAACUGGACUCACGAAGCGUCAAUUGGGACCAAUUUUCCACUUGUCACUUGUGACAUCCCCAUCGACGGACCGGACUUCGAUGUCACUCUGCACAUCAGAUUGAAUUGCUCUCAUUCGAGCAAAGUGCCAUAUUCGGCAAAAAACCACAAUUUUCUACACCAAAUUGGACAACAAGCGUCUGAAGUGAUUACACGCGUCACGGUAUGAGAAAAGUGUUUAAGUCCGCUAAUGUACCAAUGUUUGUUUACAGCAGAAAAUGAGCAAAAAUGAGCAGGUGCUCACCGACAACAGUGUGCAAGAACAACUCGCUGAUGCAAUGUUUGAAAGAGGCGAAAAAGUGUUCGCCGACAAAAAAGGAGUUUUUUUUUUUGAGAAGAAGUCGGCGUUCGCUGGUUGGCUUCGAAACAGCCUUCCAGUACUCUGAUCCAAACGGAGACCUAGUCUUCCGUCCCUCGCACCCUCUUCACGUGAACAUCAUCGGCUGCAGGCAGAUCGUAACAAUUGUAAUCUGCAAUAACUCAACUGUUCAAUACAAGUUUGAACUUAAAACAAGAGGAUUUCCAAUUGUGCAACAAGGGAAGAACGAUAAAGUGAUCGAAGGGCAGGCAAUCGCUGCAAUCGACGUCGAGUUUCCGCUUCAUAUUGACGAACAAUCGAAGAGUGUUUUCAUAAUGAUCAACUACAAGGCAACUAUCCCGGACAAGACGAAGCCUAACGGACGCACUUAUUUGGCGAUCAGCUAUUCAUAA